AUGCUGUUGGGCACGGAGAACAGGUUGCAUCUUUCUUUGGAUUCCAGCCUAGUCAAGAGUCCUGAACUGCACAUUCUAGCAGUUAAUAAAGUGUAUCUGUUUUUCCAGCUCUUGCGGCUUGACUCACUCAGUUUCUACUGGAACGUGGACAGCGAAAUGUACUACCGCUCUUCCCGGGAACAAAUAUUGGAACAACUGAAAAGAGGGGUCCCUUCAGUCGGCCGAAAGCCUCCAGACUAUCAGUACAUUUUCAGACCAGUGUCGGCUUCCGCCAAGCUGUAUAUCAACCCCCACGCGGAAAUGGAGCUAAAAACUCCAAAGGUUGAUUGGAGCGUGGAAGUGCAGAGCAUCGCUGUGGAGUUGACCAAGCCUCAGUAUCUUAGUAUGAUUGACCUACUGGAGUCUGUGGACUAUAUGUUUCGAAAUGCCCCCUACCGAAAGUUUAGGCCGGACUUACCCCUGCAUAAGAAUGCGACCAAAUGGUGGAAAUACGCAAUAAACAGCAUUCUCGAGGUCCAUAUCAGGAGAUAUUCUCGCAUGUGGUCGUGGAGUAACAUAAGACACCACAGGCAACUUCUGAAAAGUUACAAAAAUGUUUACAAAAACAAACUGGCGCAGGCGAAAGUAUCCGAAGAAACACAGAAACAGAUGCAGGAUUUAGAAAAGGCUCUAGAUGUUUUCAGUAUCAUUUUAGCCCGGCAGCAAGCACAAGUUGAGAUGAUAAGGUCGGGACAGAAGCUACUGAGGAAGAAGUCGACAGAUGCUGAGAAGAAAGGGAGCGGCUGGUUUAGUGGACUUUGGAGUAAGAAGGAGUCUAAGAGAAAAGAAGACGAAGAGCUACAAGCCCCUGAAACUAUCGAUGACCUCAUGACACCAGAGGAGAAGGCAAACCUUUUCACCGCCAUCGGUUAUAGCGACAGCUCUCAUAACCUCACGCUACCCAAGAAGUAUGUUGCCCACGUGUUGUCCCUGAAGCUGUUGAGCACUUCCUUCACAAUUAAAGAAGACAGAAAUGUUCCAGACACUCUUAAAAUUCAGAUUAUUGAUUUAAGCACCAAAAUAUCACAGAGACCGGGAGCGCAAGCCCUGAAGGUAGAAGCGAAACUCGAACACUGGUACGUGACGGGCCUUAGGCAGCAGAAGGUCGUGCCUUCCCUCGUGGCUUCGAUUGGGGAUGCCAAGUCCUCUCUCCUGAGGAUAGAGUUUGAAACCAACCCAGAAGACAGCACGGCCGACCAGAGCAUCACGGUGGAGUCACAGCCUGUGGAAAUUAUAUACGAUGCAAGAACCAUCAACGCGAUGGUCGAGUUCUUCCAGACGAACAGAGGCAUGGAUCUGGAACGUCUAACCACAGCCACGCUGUCAAAACUGGAGGAAAUUAAAGAGAGGACCGCCACAGGGCUCACACAUAUUAUCGAAACUCGAAAGGUUCUUGACCUGAGCAUCAAUCUGAAACCUUCUUAUCUUGUGGUUCCGCAGACCGGCUUCCACCAGGACAAGUCAGACUUCCUUAUUCUGGACUUUGGUACUUUUCAGCUGAACAGCGUCAGUCAAGGCAGCUGCCCCACGUCAAACACGUCCCUGGAAGAGAUCAUGGACCACGCGUACGACAAGUUCGAUAUAAAAAUCAAGAACGUGCAGCUGCUGUUCGGCAGAGCAGGAGAAGACUGGAAGAAGGCUCGGUUCGAGCAUCCUUCGACUCUGCACGUGCUGCAGCCCAUGGACAUCCACAUACAGCUCGCCAAAUCGAUGGUGGAGAAGGAUAUCAGGAUGGCCAAGUUUAAAGUAUCAGGAGAGCUUCCGUUGGUUCACCUGAGAAUUUCUGACCAGAAGCUGAAGGGCGUGUUUGAGCUCAUCGACAGCAUUCCCCUUCCCCAGAGACCGGUCGUCUCACCUUCAAGCGCAAAACGACCUGCCAUUCCUGUGGUUACUGACAAAAGAGAUGGAUUUCUUGGCACGCCGCUGUUGUUGGAAGGAGUAGAGUCAGAUUCCGACGAAGAGUACUUUGACACCAUCGAGCACUCCAGAUCGCUGGAAAAAAGUCCUGCUAAGCGAAGGAAGCUGCAGGCCGAAGCUGAGCCUAUUCAAGAAGAGCUCACGGACCUUCAGCUGAAGUUUGAGAUCAGAGAGGUGAUUUUGGAGCUCACCCAGCAGCUGCAGAGAGAGGAGACCAUAGUUAUGUUUAACAUCAAGCAGCUCGGAACGGAAGCCACCGUCAGAACCUACGACUUGACAGCCGUGGCCUACUUGAGGAAAAUCAGCCUGGAUUAUCAUGAAAUUCAAGGUAAAAAACAGCAGCUCCACCUGAUCAGCUGUUCAGACAAACCUGGGUUGGAUCUCUUGAAAGUGGAAUACGUCAAAGCCAAUAAAAACGGUCCAAGAUUUAAUACGGAUUUUGGCAACACGGAACAGACAGUUCAGGUGGCAUUCUCCUCCUUGAAUCUUCUGCUACACACCCAGGCCCUCCUCUCAACUCUCAACUUCCUCACAGCCGUGCUUCCUUCAAGGGGCGUAGGAGCCGCUGACGCAGGACAGUUGCCAGCUCAGGGGGAAAAGCAGCGCGCCGACGCGAGCUCAAGAAAAGUGACAAAAGCUGGCAAAGACCGGGACGUUUUUGACUUCAAGCUGUUCGCCAAGUUGGAUGCCUUCUGCGUGAACGUCUGUGACGAGAGGAGCAAUAUUGCCGAGAUAAAAAUUCAAGGCCUCGACUCGUCUCUGUUUCUUCAGUCCAGCCAAACCACCCUGUUUGCACGGCUGAAAGAUAUCAUUGUUACGGACGUUGAUUCAAGGACAAUUCACAAGAAGGCUGUCUCCAUAGUUGGCGAAGAGGUCUUCAGCUUCAACUUGGCCCUGUACCCAAAUGCCACCGAGGGAGACGCUUACACAGACAUGUCCAAGGUGGACGGGACGGUCUCUCUGAAAGUGGGCUGCAUCCAGAUCGUGUAUCUGCAUAAAUUCCUCAUGGCGCUCCUGAACUUCCUCAACAACUUCCAGACGGCCAAAGAGGCUUCUAGCGCCGCUACCGCCCAAGCGGCAGAAAAGGCUGCCACGAAGCGUGAGAGAGACUUGCCCAGAGGAGCUUCCCGCUUCUCCGCGGACAUCCACCUGAAGGCGCCGUCAUUCUGGAUCCUCCGCGGUAUUAGUCUCCGCUGCCCAGAGCUAAGCGCUGUGGCCGUCACGACCUGGGGCUCUGGGUCAUCAGGGGUCCAGAACCAGUUCAGCCUCGGUAAGUCAGCCGACGGACGCUCCCUCCCGCCAGUCAUGGACAGAAUGACCGUGCAGCUGACGAAGCUGAAGAUGGCCAGGACGGCUCUUCAGCCGUGGCUUUUAGCCGACAUCCAAAUUCUGCAUCCAAUUAACCUGAACCUUUCUGUGAACCGCAACCUGGCUGCAGCGUGGUAUCACAGCAUACCCAUGAUGGAAGUCAAAGGUCACCUAGAUAAGAUGAACGUUGUAGUGCAGUUAACGAAGCAGGCGGAAAAGAAGACCUUUCCUCUGCACACGCUGAUAGUGCUGCAGCUGGGAACCGAAGGCAAAAUGAAGACGCACGCCAUGUCUGCCACGGUGUACCUGAAGAAAAUCACCAUGAAGUGCCUCGAGUUUACAGACUCCAAAGGAGAGCCACUGAAUAUCAUUAAUUCUUCAGCGGAGGCUGACGGGCAUCUUCUAAAGAUGGAAUAUAUAAAGGCAGAUGAAGGCGGACCACACUUUGCAACACUUUACAGAAGCACAAAGCAAGCACUAAACGUGUCCUUUUCGUCUCUAGACCUCCUCCUGCACAUGGAGGCUUUGCUUUCCAUCAUGGAUUUUGUCACGAACAGCGUGGCGUCAAGCGGUCCCGCGGCUGCCCAAAAGGGAACGGAAAUGAAACUGCCAUUAGAAGAGCCCAGAACUGCUGGUGGGAAACCAGCUCCUCCCCCCGCCGCCCGAGACGACGUGUGCGACUUGAUGCUCACCGCCAACUUGAAUGCCUUCAAUGUUUUGGUCUGCGAUCAGAAGAGCGACAUUGCUGAUAUACGAAUUCAAGGUAUGGAGGCCUCUGUUUCUGCCAAGACCAAGGAGACCAAUGUUUUUGCCAGGCUCCGGGACAUCGUAGUAACCAACGUUGAUCCAGAGACCGUUCAUAAAAAGGCGGUCUCCAUUGUGGGAGGCGAAGUCUUCCGGUUUGCAAUGUCCCUCUACCCCGAGGCUACGGAGGGGGAAGCUUAUAUGGACAUGUCCAAGGUGGAUGGAAACAUGUCGCUGAAGGUGGGCUGCAUCCAGAUCGUUUACCUGCAUAACUUCUUCAUGUCGCUACUGAACUUCUUAAACCACUUCCAAGCGGCCAAAGAAGCCCUCAGCGCGGCCACGGCCCAAGCGGCAGAAAAGGCUGCGUCCAGCAUGAAGGACUUCGCUCAGAAGAGCUUCCGCCUCUGCAUGGACAUCAACUUGAAAGCCCCGGUGAUCGUCGUCCCUCAGUCGUCCGUCUCUCACGAUGUCUUGGUGGCAGACCUCGGCUUAAUCACGGUGAAGAAUGAAUUUAAGCUGGUCUCUGGAGGGGAGUCUCCUCUCCCCCCGGUGAUUGACAAAAUGGACGUGCAGCUGACUCAGCUGAAGAUCUCAAGGACAGUAAUAGCCGGCGGUUCUCAGCCAGAUGUUGAAAUUUUGCAGCCUGUAAAUCUGCUGGUGUCGGUCCAGAGAAAUCUCGCCGCUGCUUGGUAUUCAAAAAUCCCAGGGAUUGCGAUCAAAGGCGAUUUAAAGAGUAUGCAGAUCGCCCUCAGUCAAGAUGACUUAACCCUGCUGAUGAAAAUUUUGCUGGAAAAUCUGGGUGAAGCCGCUGCACGCUCGAGCGUCCCGCAGCCGACCACGCCAGCGGGUCAGAUGUUGAAAAAAGACAAAGUCGAGGCUGAAGGUGGUGUUUGUGAAGAUACCUCCAUCGCUUUAGGACAGAGAACUCCUAGCGAGUUGCAGGCUACAGAAACCACGGCCGUUACGUUUGAUUUCGACUUUGAAGCACUUUCUGUCGUACUCUACAAUAUUGACGACAACCAGAAAUCCACGCUUUCGCUCCACAAUAAGAGUUUGCGCCUCGGAGAACUCAGGCUGCACCUGAUGAACUCGGCAGGGAAAAUGUUUUCAGAUGGCUCGAUGGAUGUUAACAUGACGCUGAAAAAAUGUACGCUGGAUGAUCUCAGAGAAGGGAUUCAGAGAGCGACCUCCAGGAUGAUAGAUAAGAAAGAUGACCAAAGUGGCAACGUGAUGAUUGAAAUCAACUACAAGCAGGACAAAAGCGGGAGCAACGUGGUGGCCGUCUUGGAUAAGCUCUACUUAUGUGCCAGCGUGGAGUUCCUGCUGACCGUAGCAGAAUUCUUCGUCAAGUCGGUGCCAGCGGCCUCCUCUGAAGGGGCCGCCCAGAUCCAGUUGAAGCACGCGACCCCCGGGCGACCUCGGCCCGAAAAAGACGGGGCUCUGCGGACCGGAAUGACGAUGAAAGCGUUCAUCACCGACCCAGAAAUUGUCUUCGUGGCCAACUUGACCAAAGCGGAUGCUCCAGCUCUGGCGGCUUCCUUCCAGGGCAGCUUCUUCUUGUCGGCGGACCCUCAGACUCAAGACGUGUCUGCAGAAGUGAAGGCCCUCAAGGUGCUGGCCUGCCCUUUCCUCCGAACAAAGGCGGAGAAGAACGUGACAACCGUCCUGCAGCCGUGUUCUCUGAAAGCUGUAUUACAUACUUCCAAAGUGCAGAAAGUGUCUGUAACCAUGGACAGAUUUAUCGUAAAGGUGACCCCCAUCAUUCUCAAUACCGUUAUCACAAUCAUGGGUGCCAUGAAACCCAAGCCGAAGGAGGAAGAACCCGGAACAGUGGCUUGCCACGCAGGGAACCUUUGGGACGCGAGGUCCAUCGACCAGUUCCACUCGUGGUUUCUCGGCGUCGACGUAGCCACAGAAGCCACCGAGUCGUUCCAAGACAGCGAACAGGUUGCAAAAGAAGAGACCUUCGACCUGCAGGUGAAGUCUGUCCAGAUCACCUUGGAGUGUGGCUUGGGGCAUCGUACCGUUCCCCUCCUGUUGGUGGAGUCCACGCUGGCAGGAAAGGCGAGGAACUGGUCUUCCGUGAUGACUGCCCGAGCUGACGUCACGUUGGAGGUUCACUACUACAAUGAAACUUACGCCGUUUGGGAGCCCCUCAUCGAGCGGGUUGAGAAGGGAAGCCGGCAGUGGAACUUAAAGUUAAAAAUGAAGACAAACGCCGUGCAGGAUAAAAGUUUGUUGCCGGGAGAUGACUUCAUUGUGAUUCCUGAACCGCAAACGUCCAUCAGCAUAUCUUCCAAGGACAUCAUGAACAUCACCAUAUCCAAAUGCUGCCUGGCUGUCUUAAAUAAUCUAGCCAAGGGGUUUUCGGAAGGAACCGCUUCCACCUACGACUAUUCCUUAAAAGACAGGGCCCCGUUUACUGUGAGAAACGCCUUGGGCAUUCCUCUUGAAGUGCACAUGAGCCGAAACCUCCAGGUUAUCGGAUCAGGUUCGAGCAAAGAUGUUUAUGACGUCGGAGUCGGUCAGAAGUUGGAGUUGGAAUACUCUGCCCUGGAGCACCUGCAGAGCGGGAAGCUGUCGGUCUCCUAUCGCCAAGAGAGCUCCUUGUUCACUUUGACUCUUGUGCCCCAGGGAUACUCGGAGGUGGCGAACAUCCCCAUCACCAAACCAGGGCGAAGGCUGUACGACGUCAGAAGCCCCGCCCUCGAUCAUUCCAACUCGGUCGUGGUGCAGACGGACGCAGAGGAAGGGAACAAGGUUGUGACGAUACGCUCCCCUCUGCAGAUAAAGAACCACUUCUCUGUCCCAUUUGUCGUUUACAAACUGGUUGCGAAUAUUAAGCAGUUGGAACCCAUUGGGGUGUCGAAGCCAGACGAGGAAUUCCAUGUCCCAUUAAAUUCAUACAGGUGUCACCUGUUCGUUCAGCCAGCUGGGAUGGAGUAUAAUCCAUCCACCACCUACAUCGCGUGGAGGGAAGAGCUCCACAGAAGCAGCGAAGUCAAAUGCAUGCUGCAGUGCCCGUCGACUGAGAGCAACUUCCUGCCUUUCAUACUGAACACGUCUGCUGUCCCCGACGAGCUGACCUUCAUUGCACCCCACGGAGAGAAGUGGGACCCAGCCUACAUCAUUCACCUGUACCCGACAGUCACCAUGCGGAAUCUUCUCCCGUACUCGAUACGGUACCUGCUCGAGAGGACGGCAGAGGCCUACAAGGUGCCGGAAGGAAGUACGGCCGACAUUCUUCAUUCACGAUUCAGUGGGGAAAUAUUGGAGCUGGUCCUGGUAAAAUAUCAGGGGAAAGACUGGAACGGCCACCUCCGGCUCAGGGACGGGCUGCCGGAAUUCUUCCCCGUGUGCUUCACGUCGAACUCUGCCGAUGCGACCACCGUGGACGUGCACGUCCACAUCCGGAAAGAGGGCGGCCGAGUGGUCCUGUCCGUGUUCAGCCCUUACUGGAUCAUCAACAAGACGUCCCGCGUUCUCCAGUAUCGGGCCGAAGACGUGCACGUGAAGCACCCGGCGGACUUCAGGGACAUCGUCCUGUUCUCCUUCAGGAAGAAAAACAUUUUCAGUAAAAACAAGAUCCAGUUAAGCAUUUCCACCAGCACGUGGUCCAGUGGUUUCUCUCUAGAUACAGUGGGGAGUUACGGCUGCGUGAAAUGCCCAGCCAAUGCCAUGGAUUUUCUGGUUGGUGUUAGCAUCAAGAUGAGCAGUUUCAAUCUAACCAGGGUGGUGACCUUGACUCCAUUCUACACCGUAGCCAACAAGUCUUCUUUUGAAUUGGAAGUCGGAGAAAUGUCUGCUGAUGGAUUGCAGCCUACGAAUAAAUGGACAUAUCUUGCAGCUUCAGAGUGUCUUCCGUUUUGGCCAGAAAACUUGUCUGGCAAGUUGUGCGUCAGAGUGAUCGGCUUCGACAGCGUCUCCAAGCCGUUCUUCUUCAACAAACAGGACAACGGGACUUUGCUGAGCCUGGAAGAACUGAACACCGGCGUUCUGGUCGAUGUGAACGUGUCGAAUCAUUCGACAGUUAUUAACUUCUCCGACUAUCACAGCGGAGACGCUCCGGCUCUGAUCAUAAACCACACGCCCUGGGACACCCUCACGUACAAGCAAAGCGGCUUAGAGGAAGAGCUGCAGCUCAGGCCGCAGGAGGUGAAGCUGUUUGUCUGGGCAGAUCCCGCUGGGACUAGAAAACUCACCUGGAAAUAUGCACACAACGUUGGCGAAUAUGACCUCCUUAAGGACGAGUGUGGUCAGUUUCCGUACAACUCCAACACCCAGAUACACUGGGUCUCUUUCCUGGACGGGCGCCAAAGGGUGCUGCUCUUCACGGAUGACGUCGCGAUCGUUUCCAAGGCCCGGCAAGCCGAGGAGAUGGAGCAGCCCGAUCAAGAGAUAAACGUGUCUCUCCACAGCCUUGGGCUUUCCCUGGUCAAUAACGAAAAUAAGCAAGAGAUUUCUUACAUAGGGAUUACCAGCUCAGGAGUGGUCUGGGAAUAUAAACCGAAACAGAAGUGGAAGCCAUUUAACCAGAAACAGAUAAGCCUCUUGGAGCACGCUUACGAAAAACAUCUUGCUGGAGUCUACGCAGAGUCUUCCGGUUGGGUCCGAGUGGACAAUAACCUGGAGGUAAACUUUAACAAGACGCCGAUGGAAAUGCGGCUUCCCACGAAAUGCAGCAUCAAGCGGGAUUUCUUAUCAGGCAUCCAUAUUGAAUUCAAACAGUCCCCUCAUCAGCGGAGCUUACGGGCCCAGCUAUACUGGUUGCAGGUUGACAACCAGUUGCCCGGUUCAAUGUUUCCUGUUGCGUUUCACCCUGUCGCUCCUCCCAAAUCCAUAGCCUUGGAUUCAGAACCGAAACCGUUCAUCGAUGUCAGCAUCAUCACCAGAUUCAACGAGUACAGCAAAGUGUUGCAGUUCAAGUAUUUCAUGGUUCUCAUCCAAGAGAUGGCACUGAAAAUAGACCAAGGAUUUUUAGGAGCCGUCAUUGGAUUCGCCACCCCGUCUACAGAUCCCGAAGCUGAAAGACAAAAGACGAAGUUGAUUCAGAAGGAUAUAGAUGCUCUUAAUACGGAGUUGAUGGAGUCCUCCAUGACGGACGUGUCCACCCUCAGCUUCUUCGAGCACUUCCAUAUUUCUCCUGUGAAGCUGCAUUUGAGCCUCUCUUUAGAUGCCGGUGGGGAGGAGUCUGAUAAAGGCAAACAGGAAGUAAUCGCCAUCCACUCUGUGAACCUGCUGCUGAAGAGCAUCGGGGCCACCCUGACGGAUGUGGACGACCUGAUAUUCAAGCUGGCCUACUUUGAAAUCAAGUACCAGUUUUACAGAAGAGACCAGCUGAUGUGGAGAGUCAUUACGCAUUACAGCGAACAGUUCUUGAAGCAGAUGUACGUCCUGGUGCUGGGCCUGGAUGUCUUGGGCAACCCCUUUGGCCUGCUCAGAGGCUUGUCGGAGGGCGUGGAAGCCUUUUUCUACGAGCCUUUCCAGGGAGCUGUCCAAGGUCCCGAAGAGUUUGCCGAGGGUCUCGUGAUCGGCGUCAGAAGUCUGCUGGGCCACACCGUGGGUGGAGCGGCAGGCGUGGUAUCCCGGAUCACGGGCUCUGUUGGGAAAGGGCUGGCUGCCAUCACCAUGGACAAGGAGUACCAGCAGAAGAGGAGAGAGGAGAUGGGCCGUCAGCCGAAGGACUUUGGGGACAGCCUGGCCAAAGGAGGGAAAGGCUUACUGAGGGGAGUCUUCGGAGGAGUGACAGGGAUCGUCAUGAAACCGGUAGAAGGUGCCCAAAAGGAAGGCGCGGCCGGCUUCUUCAAAGGCAUCGGGAAGGGGCUGGUGGGUGCCGUGGCCCGCCCCACCGGAAGCAUCAUCGACAUGGCCAGCAGCACUUUCCAAGGGAUCCAGAGGGUGGCAGAAUCUACCGAAGAAGUGGCGACGCUCCGGCCCCCUCGCCUCAUUCGUGAAGAUGGCAUCAUCCAGCCCUACGACAGAGCUGAAGCCGAGGGAUACGACUUAUUUGAGAAUUCUCACAUCAAGAAGCUGGAAGGAGAGAAGUUCCGAUCCCAUUUCCGUUUCCCAGGAAGCAGGAAGGCACAACUCGUAAUAACCAACAGGAGGCUGUUGUGCAUAAAAGAGGUGGAGAUUCUUGGCCACGUCACGACAGACUGGGACUGCGCGUAUGAAAACUUCACUCGUCCCCCUGCUGUGGUCGAAAAUGUGCUCCAAAUCUUCGUUAAAGAUCACGGUCUCUUAAAGUUAACCAAAAAAGAGAGCUCCAGACAGGAGAUGCUGCGGAAAAUCCAGUUCAGCAAUGCAGAGACAGCAAAGAGGGUUUGCCGAGCCAUCGACGAGGCCCGAGCGACGAGGCAGCAGCAGAAGCUGGUCAAGCAGGCGUCUCUCAAGCAGAGCUGGCCUCAGGGACCUCCGUAACUUUGCCCGUCCUCGUUGAGACGACCUUCCAGUGGGACGCGCUCUCCAGAAAACUUGGGGUUUCUGCAGGGAGCCGGCCUGUGACCCCACCCCCAGCUACUUAGACCAACCUUCAGCUCAAAGAAAUUGCUGCUACACAGUAUUGGAAAAUCUCGGUGUAUAAUAAUUUUCUGCAACAAAAAAAGAAAGAUAAGAGAAGGAUAAAUUAAUCACGCCUGCUUUAUUUUUUUUUUAUCACUAAAAGGUGGCCAAAAAUAUUUUUUAAAUGUUUUGUUACAGUUGACAGCAAAUGAGCACGUUAAGCUCAUAGACAUAACUGUCCUUUCAAUAUCUGCUCAGUGUGUCCUGGGAUACAUUUGAUAAUGUUAGAAAUUGCUUCUUAGGGUGUAUGGGUUUUUUUAGCCCCCCCCCCCCCUUUUAACUUUCACCAGAAGUCAGUACGGGUUGAAAAUGUAUUUUGAAUUUAAAACGUUUCUUUUCCCAAAUUUACAUGAGCUCGGGCUACUCCAGAAAUGAACUCGCGGCCUGAGGGAUGCGUCGUGGAGCCUUCUCUUGAUUCGUAGGCUUCAGAAAGAUGGGAUUUCUCAUUCUGUGGCCAGUGAGAAAAAAAAACCAUUUAAUCAGUCUGUGUCAAAACAGGCAUAUCGUCACGGCGCCCUGUUCAUGUCGGUCAUUCAGCAAGCUUUAAAAUAUACUGACAUUACAGACCUCUCAGCGUAUGCAGCACAGAAGUAUAUAUUUAGAGAAAUGCUGGGUUUUUUUAAAAAAUUUGAUGCACUGACUCCAUCGCACGUGUGUACACCUGUCUCAGGGAUAUACAGCAAUGUGUAUACCUGUUUGUUAAUCACACAGCUUAAUCUGUUCAGGCGAACUUCCGUGUAAACGAACCAAAUCAAGGGCUAUCCUCACUUGCACUGCAGAAGCACCUUUUGAAUCCUUCAUCUGGAUGUUAGGGCGCGCUUCACCGUGGUACGUUUGCCGACGGGCAGCCUAUGCACAAACUCACUGCCCUGUUUACAAGAGGCUUUGCACUUUGGCGGCCGCAGGGUAUUUAUAAUAAAGCAGUGUCCUCUUUUUGUAUCAGGUCAUUUAGUCGUGCUGCUGGAUUUUUGCUUUACAGACAAAAGGAUCUCGAUUGAAAGCUGAGCAUUUCGCAGAUAUUUCCAUGCCCCUCAGCGAUAUUAAAAGGCUCGUUUACCUUUGCAAACUUCUUGCCGUGUGUGUGUGCGUCUGUGUGUGUUUUAAUGUGUCUUUCACUUUUUGGAGUUCAGCAGUUCGUCUGUCAUUGGCCUAUUCCCAAACUGCUAACUGCGUUGAAUGCAUUAGUUCCUCUCAGUGUUGUCCAUCCUUAAUUCCCAAAGAAGAAAUAUAAUAAUCAAUGGUGGAUCGGGGGCCUUGUUUUCUGAGUCCUGUGUCAAAUCAAGAGUUUUGUUUAUCUUGGGACGAGCCGGUUCCAGGGUUUGAGAAUUGUAUUGCCAUGUACUGAUAUUUUUUUUAAAAGAAAAAAAGAAAGUUCUUUUUGUUGUGAUGUUGCUUUUAGCCUUGUUUUCUGCACGAUAUUACACUUCUACCUUGACAAGUCAAAGUUGUAGCAAGCUGUUACGUCUGGCUGAUUGAUUCCCAGCGAUUUGCACCCACAAAACUCAUUUACCUCCCUGGAUAAGCACUAUUGUGUACUUUGUGUGUGCGUCCAUCACUGUGUGUACAAUGCUGCCAAAUAAAUGAUUAUAUGUGCA